AGGAGCUACACAUUAGUCAUUCCAGACGUCCGCGGCCGGAAGAAAAGGGCGAGAAUGAUAGUUUAUGGAUUGUUUAUUGAGAUCAAAGGUCAAAUUGUUAGAGCAAAUUAAGGGUUCUAUUUUCUCAUCUGUAUAACCAGAGGUCUGUAUGAUUGGCGCAUUCCUCCUGAAGUUUCAGGUCCGACAACGCUAGAGAGAUUGCCUUCACUGCAAAUCUUCCAUAUGGAUGCCACCCAGAGGCCUCAAGAUGUUAUCACUGUCGAUGUUCAUGCGGCCAAAGGUCUCAUCGCCUCCGGUCACCGUUAUUUGGACGUGAGAACCGCCGAGGAGUUCAACAAGAGCCACGUAGACAAUGCCUUGAACGUUCCUUUUAUGUUCAAAACUGAUGAAGGCAGAGUGAAAAAUCCUGAAUUUCUCAGCAAGGUUGCCUCAAUUUGCAGCAAGGAUGACUAUCUUGUGGUGGGUUGCAACAGCGGAGGCAGAUCACUCCGUGCCUGUAUUGAUCUUCUGGGUGCGGGCUUCGAGCAUGUAACAAACAUGGAAGGGGGUUACUCUGCCUGGGUUGACAGUGGAUUUGCAGGAGAUAAACCAGCAGAAGAGCUCAAAACGUUUUGCAAGUUCCGCCCUUGAAGUGAAUGUUUCCCUUUAAGGGAUAAUAGCCCGUGUGGCUUAUCUUGUUACUGACUAAUAUGUCAAAAUGAAAUGCCUCUUUUUUUCUUCUUUUAUCAUGAAAAUGAAAUGCACUUGUAUAUUAGCUGAUGACAUAACAACCUUUUAUGUUGUUCAUGAAA